AUGAAAGGUGUUGGAAGAUUGAUUCGUCGCGCUCUACCUAAUCGGCAAACAUGCCGAUCUGUCCUCUUUUCCCCGUUAAUCUCUCGCCGCCUCAUCUUCUUCUCUUCCAGAACGCCGUCGUUUCUAGGAGUCGGUUACUCGAGCUCCGUCCUUUCCCCCAAUUCUAGGUCAUCAGCUUCUUUACUCUCCCUCAAAUGGACCCAUUUUACAGGGCAAAGGAGAAACAUGUUUAUCCAAACUCAAUCAACACCCAAUCCUUCGUCUUUGAUGUUUUAUCCAGGGAGAGCGGUGAUGGAAGUUGGGAGUACUGAUUUCCCGAACGCUCGUUCUGCGAUGAAUUCGCCAUUGGCCAAAGCCUUGUAUGAAAUUGACGGCAUCACUAGAGUUUUCUUUGGAUCCGAUUUCAUCACUGUAACAAAGUCUGAUGAUACUUCUUGGGAUCUCCUCAAGACAGAAAUUUUUGCUGCAAUUAUGGAGUUUUAUUCCUCAGGACAGCCAUUGUUUCUAGACUCGAAAACUGCAAAAUCCACGGACACUGCUAUACGUGAGGAUGACUCUGAAACGGUUGCAAUGAUCAAAGAAUUGCUGGAGACUCGAAUCCGACCAGCAGUGCAAGAUGAUGGUGGGGAUAUUGAAUAUUACGGAUUUGAUCCAGACACAGGAAUAGUUAAAUUGAAAAUGCAAGGAGCAUGCAGUGGUUGCCCCAGCUCGUCUGUCACUUUGAAAUCUGGCAUUGAAAAUAUGCUAAUGCAUUAUGUUCCGGAGGUGAAGGGUGUAGAGCAAGAAUUAGAUGGUGAAGAUGAGGAGGAGGAUGCAUUAGCUGGUAAGUUUGAGUAGUUGAAAGCUUAAUCAUCUCUUCUCACUCUGUCCUUAGGGUAAAAUGAUGACCUCAAAAGACUAUCGACGGCCCCUUUUGUGUAGGAUCGAUCAGCUUGGGGGUUGGAAGGGAAACUAGGCUAAUUUAAAUAACUGUAUACGCUUCAUAAACGAGAGUAUUUAUAGCUGUGGGGUGAUUGACUUGGCUGUCCUAUGAAAAAGUCAAUUAUGUAUUGCACAUUAGCUUAUGUUAGACCCACGAUGUGGAUGCAUAAAAAUUUGUUCAAUGAAUGAUCAUGAAGUUUG